AUGGAAGGUAGGACCAAGUCCCUUGGACUAACGUUGCUCACUGCCUUGCCUUUCUCCACCGAGAUCAUGUCUUACAAAGUACCCGGCGAUUUCAAGUUCCCGGAACAGGCCACCUUCGACGGAUCCGGCGACCCACGGGAGCACCUUUUAAGCUAUCAGGCUAAGAUGCAGGUUUUAGGAGUCCAAGACCCUGUCAUGUGUCGCGCUUUCCUAUCGACACUAAAGGGCCUGGCACAAAGAUGGUUGGUGGCUCUGCCCCCGGGAUCGAUACACAACUUUGAGGGACUAGCCGACCGCUUCAUGAGCCACUAUGCGGCCAACAUCAAGCCACAAAAAGAUCUAACUCAUCUGGGAGACGUUCAUCAAGAGGAGGGCGAAUCCCUCAAGACUUACUUGGCCCGAUGGCAAAAAGAGAUCCAGUCUAUCGAGGAAGUUGAGGACCAAACUGCCCUCACCUUCUUCAUCGAAUCUUUACGAUCCGGGCAGCUGUAUCGUGAUUUACGAGACAACCGGCCGGCCACUUACGUGGAGGUCAUACAUAUGGCUAACAAACAAGCCAACACGGAGCAGGCAAUGAAGCACAAGCGACAGCGUGAGAUCGGGGGAUCUGCUAAUGGAAAGAGAACCCGCGCGAAAACUAAGGAGAGACGCCCGGAUCCGUCUAGGCGACCUGAAGCACGACGCCCAUAUGAUAGGCCCAGCAUCCACCCUUAUAGGCUGACUCCCCAGCACCUAGUACAGGAAGUGCGAGCAGUCGCGCCUCCCCCGACCGAGGAGUAUACAACGAACUAA